AUAAAAUGUAAAAUUUAGAAGAAUUAGAAUUGAUAGAUUAAGAAAAAACUUUAAUUUACAAAAUUCCAGAAUCGAAAUGUAAAAAAUGAAUUUAUUUUAAGAUUGGAAAUACUACUUAUAAGAAUAAAAAGAUUAUAUCAAGAUCCAAAAAUAAGGUAAAUAUUUACCUUCGAUCUUAACAUCUAAAUUUAAUGAAAGAUUUAUAAUUCUUCGAGAUAACUACUUAAAGUAUGGAAAUACGAAAGAUAAACGAAAAUAUGAAGUUAACAUUGAUAAUUUUUCAAAAGUAAUCAAUGAAUUCUAGAUUGACAAAGUUGCUUAUAGAAGAGAGAGGCCACAAGGAUAUAGAUUAAGCAAUUAUUAACCGAGCAAAAUUAUUUUCUAAAUGACAUUUAUUUUUAAAAAAAAGUAUUUACGAACUUUUAAAGAUGGAAGAUUCACAAGUGAUAAUUGGAAUAAUGAUUACGAAUGCUGGAUUUUUAAAAAUGAUUUGCAAGAAAAGGAAUAAUAAAAAUUAAUUGCAGAAUAUAUAGAUUUGAUGAUCAAUCUUUAAUACCAAUUUCCUUAGGAUCCUAAUGAUAUUAGAAAAUUAGACGCUAUUAGGCUGUAAUUUGAUAAAUCAGAUAGAUCAAUUCAACCUGUACCACCAAAAUUAAAUCCUCUAACUUAAAUUAUCGAAAAAUAAAUUUAUAUUUUAAUUGACCCAAAAGAUUCUUCUAAAUUUAACCAAAAAGAAUAGUAUUUAUUUAUUGAUUUUAAUCUUUUAAAAUAAAAAUAUUAAAAUUAACCAAUCAUUAUUUAUUAAGAUAAGGAACAUAUUAAACAGGAUAAUGAAUGUAAAAUUUUAAUAAUAAAUACAUAAUAAUUUAUUUAACAAUAUGUAGAUUAUCAAAAGAUUUUUUUGAUAAUAAAUUGGAAUAAAAUAAAAUAGUUGAAAAACUUAAAUGCAACAGAAAAAAUAUUUGAUGAUAGAAAUUUGAAUCAUAAGUAGAUAUUUAGAUAUUUAGUAGGAUAAAUAAAAGAUCAUAAAGAAGUAGAUGAUUAUGAAAAAUAUGAUAAUAAAAAUAAUAAAACCAAAUCAAGUAAAUAAAAUGAUUUUGAUAACAUUAAGGAAUAAAAUCCUCCUGCUAAUUAAAUAAAGAUUAUUCAAUAAAAUUCAAUGUUCAAUAAUAGUUAAGAUCUAAAAUUACCUAAUGAUUAAACAUAAUAAUAAAGAUCUUUCAUUGAAAACACUAAAUUAUUAAAUCGUCCUGCUGAUUAAACAAAAAUUAUUCAAUAAAACUAAAGUUUCAAUAAUUUUAUAUAAAAUAGUUAAGAUUUAAAACCACCUAAUGAUUAAACAUAAUAAUAAAGAUCUUUCAUUGAAAACACUAAAUUAUUAAAUCCUCCUGCAGAUAAAACAAAAAUAAUCUAAUAACUAAAAAGUCUAUAAGAUUUUGUUUCAAAUACUUAAUAUUUAGACCCUCCGACUGAUCAAACAUAAUAAUAAAAAUCUUUUAUUGAAAACACUAAUUUAUUAAAUCGUCCUGCUGAUUAAACAAAAAUUAUUCAAUAAAACUAAAGUUUCAAUAAUUUUAUAUAAAAUAGUUAAGAUUUAAAACCACCUAAUGAUUAAACAUAAUAAUAAAGAUCUUUCAUUGAAAACACUAAUUUAUUAAAUCCUCUUGCAGAUAAAACAAAAAUAAUCUAAUAACUAAAAAGUCUAUAAGAUUUUGUUUCAAAUACUUAAUAUUUAAAACCUCCCACUGAUUAAACAUAAUAAUAAAAAUCUUUUAUUGAAAAUACUAAUAUAUUAAAUCUUCCUGCUGAUCUAACAAAAUUUAUCUAAUAAAUUUAAAGUUUGUAUGAUUUUGUGUAAAAUACUUAAAAUUUGAAGCCACCUUCUGAUUAAACAUAAUUAUUAUAAAAAAAAAAACAAUAAUAAUCCCAAGUAGAAAAUACAAAUAUUUUGUGUCCACCUGCUGAUUAAACAAUUGUUCUACAAUAAAUAUAAAAUUUGUAUGAUUUUGUUUAAAGUACUUAAAAUUUAACACCUUCUGAUUAUUAAACCAAACUUUAGGGAUAAAGCCAUUUAGAUUAAUCUUUUGGUAAUAAAACAAAUAUUUUGAAUCCUCCUGCCGAUUAAACAAUAGUUCACCAAAAACUUGAAAAUUUUUAUGAAUUUGUAUCACAGCUUUAAAAUAUAAAACUUCCUUCUACUGAUCCUCAAUUAUAAUAAUAAAGCUAAGAAUUAAUAUAUUUUGAUGAUGACACUUAUUAAUUAAAUCCUCCUGCUGAUUAAACAAAGAUUAUUCAAUAAAAUUAGAGUUUCAAUAAUUUAGUAUCAAAUAAUUAAGAUCUAAAACCACCUCAUGAUUAAACAUAAUAAUAAAAAUCUUUUAUCGAAAACACUAAUUUAUUAAAUCCUCCUGCUGAUAAAACAAAAGUUCUCUAAUAACUUAAAAGUUUGUAAGAUUAUGUGUCAAAUACUUAAUAUUUAAGCCCACCUAAUGAUUAAACAUAAUAAUAAAUAUCUUUUAUUAAUAACACAAACAUAUUAAAUCCUCCUGCUGAUAAAACAAAAGUUCUCUAAUAACUUAAGAGUUUGUAAGAUUAUGUGUCAAAUACUUAAUAUUUAAGCCCACCUAAUGAUUAAACAUAAUAAUAAAUAUCUUUUAUUAAUAACACAAACAUAUUAAAUCCUCCUGCUGAUCUAACAAAAGUUAUCUAAUAAAUUUAAAGUUUGUAUGAUUUUGUGUAAGAUACUUAAAAUUUAAAACCUCCGACUGAUUAAACAUAAUAAUAAAAAUCUUUUAUUGAAAACACUAAUUUAUUAAAUCCUACUGCUGAUAUAAAAAAAGGACUCUAAUAACUUUAAAGUGUGUAAAAUAAUUAAAAUUUAAAACCUCAUAAUCUUUAAACAAAAAUUUAAAAAACAAAUUCCAAUAGCAAAUAUAUUUUAUAAAAGAUAGUUGAUGAUUCAUUUUCAUAUACAGAAUUAACAUAAUUAGAUCCAUUUUAACAUUAAAAAAAAGUUUGUAUAAAUUAUUAAGUUUUAAUACCGAAUGAUGGUAAUAUUCAAACUUAAGAUUCUAAUUUUUUAUUUGGAAAUUUAGAUAUUAAAUCCCCAGGCACGAAUUUUAUUUCCUCAUUUUUUGAAAAAAAUUUUUCUGUUAUAAUUAUUUAAUAGUAAGAUUACCCAUUGAAAAUUGAUUUCUUGAAUCAUUCAAUAAAAAACGCUUAUGAUGACUGGGAAAAAAAUAAUAAAAAAUAUAAUAAUUGA